UGUCUGUCUCCUUAUAGGUGGGUCCUGCAGCCUCUCCUCUCCUCACACUCCAACCCUGCUCAUCUCUCAGCUGGACAGUAAGGGCCGUUCACACCACACACUGACAACAUGCUGGGGACACUCUGCACUCUCAUCACUGCUCUAACAUGUGGGUCCUGCAGCCUCUCCUCUCCUCACACUCCAACCCUGCUCAUCUCUCAGCUGGACAGUAAGGGCCAUUCACACCACACACUGACAACAUGCUGGGGACACUCUGCACUCUCAUCACUGCUCUAACAUGUGUCAGUGGUGUGACUGUGGUGACACAGAAGCCUCCUGUUGUGACAGUGAGGAAAGGAGAGACGGCCACUCUGGACUGUGACCUGGGGACUGUUACUAUUAGUUCUGCUCGUUGGUAUAAACAGGUUCCAGGAGGAGUCCCUCAGUACGUGUUAAGGUGGUACCACACUGGUUGGAACUCUGUAGAAUAUGGUUCUGGUUUCUCCUCUCCUAAAUUCACAUCUAAUCAUCAGUCUAAAUCAGAUUAUCGUUUGAUUAUUAAUACUGUGGAGGAGACAGACUCGGCAGUGUAUUACUGUCAGACAUGGGACGACUCUGUAAUCACUGUGGUAUUCGGACAAGGAACCAAGCUCAUUGUCACUGACUCUACCCUCCCUCCGCCUGUCUUGACCAUCUUCCCUCCGUCCAGCGAUGAGUUGAAGUCCAGCAAAGUCACCCUGGUGUGUCUGGCCAGUCAGAUGGCCAUGGGCUACGCUGAUGUCAGCUGGACCGCGGGAGGGAAUCCGGUCACCGGCGGCAUCGCAACGAGUGGCCCGGUGCCGCAAGCCGACAAGACGUUCCAACUCAGCAGCUGUCUGACCGUUGACACGUCAGAAUGGAACCAGGACAAAGUGUUCUCAUGUAAAGUCACCGCGGGCUCCAAGUUCGCUGAGAAAGACAUCAAGAAGUCUGUAUGCAGCACUGAAUAGCCUGAGAACCAUUGUAAUGUCCAUUUGAUUUUCUACAUCACUUUUCAAGAUAUUGUUAAUGCAUUAGAAGUUUAACCUGCAUAUAUACAUGAUGUUCCAUAAAAGAUAAAUAGCUAAUCACACUGAUAUCAUAGACUAUAUGAUAAGUAGACUUUUUAUAUUUGAAAUGGGUUGCUUUGCAGAUGUAUAAUAGAGGAAUAGUUAGAGCUUUGCUGUAUUGUGGAUAUUAAAUAAAGAACAUUCUAAAG